UCCAAUGGCUACCAACAAGGUUGCAAGUGAAGUGCAAAACAAAAACACAUUGAAGUAUCUGUGGUUUGUCAAAAUUGCUGCUAUUCAUGGCUUGAUUUGUUUAUGGAAUCUCUAUGAAUAUGGGAAGCAGAAUACUUCUGGGUCAUUAAGAUCUGCAAUUGGAAAAGCGGAGGGUACUGUGACUAGUAUUUUCAGUCCUGUUUGUGACAAGUUUAAGAAUGUACCCUAUGAUCUUCUACUCUUCUUUGAUAACAAGUUGGAUGAAGCCGUACAUAAGUUUGUCAAGCAGGCUCCUGCUCUAGCAAACCAGGUCACGAGCCAAUCAUGUGUAGUGGUUCAGAAGGUAUCGCAGAUGACAAAAGCAAUUGUAUCCGAGACACAAACUAGAGGCUUAUCUACAGCAGCAAUUUAUGUUGUGAACACAUCUGAGAUAUACCUAAUGGAGCAAGCUGCAAAAACCUGGCACACACUUGUACAGGUCUCACCAUUGAACAUAGUGACAGAAGUGGUGGUUCCUAUAGCUGCUCACUGGUCUGAUAAGUACAACCAACUCGUCAUAAGCAUGACCCGGAAGGGCUUCUUUGGUCUCAGCUAUCUCCCUCUUGUGCCUGUCGAUAUCAUACCCAACAAUGCCAAGGCAUCCAAGAUGGAAGAAGAGGUAAAGAAGCAAGAUGGUGUCAAGUCCAGCUCUGAGAUUUAAGAGAGGCUAGUUGAAAACUACAAUAGGUUAAAAUAAGACGGGAAAUGUUAUUUUGUUGUUGUUUUUAAAAGAUUUGGUUGGUUUGAGAUAUUAGCUACUUAUGAGAUAUUGGCCAGGCGCACUAUUUUGAUUUGACCAGUAUUUGAUUUUAUGUCAAUCCUCGCAUCUGAGGAGGGAAAAGGUUUAGGGAGAA